CUCCCGCCGCCGCCUCCCCGCGGCCCGGCGAGCCCGGGGGAAGCGCACGCCGUGCCCAUAGUAACCCCUCCGCGGCGCCGGGCGCGGGGAGGAGGAGGAGGAGGGCGCAGGCUCCCGGCGAGAGCGGCGGCCUCCCAGCCGCUUCUGCUGUGAGGGGCCGCCGGCCGCCUCCCCUCCGGCCGGACAGUGCCUUUGGCUAGUUCAUGGUGGCUUGUGCCAAGAAGCCAUGCAGAAGCACUUGGCGUUGAACUCCAUACAGUUGUAGGUCUCCAGUGGGAGAGGAUGGAGUCCCGGUUCCUUGCUGAAACCGCUUUGUGCAGGGCAGCAAUGCAGCCUGCUGAGCUGGGGGAGGUGGCAGUGGAGUGAUACACAGCCACAAGAUCAAGUGCUGCAUUACAGCAUGGGGUGUGUUACAGUCAGGCUGGAUUAUUGAAACAGCUUCAGCCCUCUUCCUCUGUGGCAACCCUAAAUCUGCCUGAGCACUACUAUCACGCUAUACAUUACAGGAAAAUAGGAACUGGUAAACUGCGAAGGCUGUUUUGAAUUGUAUGUAGUACUUUUUUACAUAUACCACAAACAUGUUCAUGCAAUAUCUCAUUCAUGUUCUUUAACAUUUUUUAAUCUCAAAUUGCAUAACAAUUUUUACUACUACUACCAUUUCUUCUCCACAGGUGGAAAAACUGAGGCACUAAUACCUUAAGACCUACAUUUUCAUUUGUACAAAUUGUACAAUGUACAAAUCAUUUCAGGAUUGCUUGACUUGCCAGACAGUAGCCUACCUCUUCAAGACUUUUAACAGUGUGAAGUCUAAUCAAACAGUGUUACUGCAUUUUGGUACUGUAAUGAUGACUACUGUAGAAGCUGUCAAGAAGAAGCAAAAUUAUACUUCUGUGCAUGAGGCAGUGAAAGCUGGUGAUGUAGAACAUCUUGCAUCAAUGAUAAAAAAUGGAGCCGAUAUUAAUGAGGUGGAUUUAGUCCACAAAUUCACACCAUUGCAAUGUGCUGCCCACUCUGGAAGUCUGGAGUGCCUUCACUGGUUGCUCUGGUAUGGAGCUGAUACAACACAUGUAACUGUCAGAGGGUGGACAGCAGCUCACCUUGCAGCUAUCCGAGGUCAGGAUGCUUGCAUGCAGGCUUUGUUAAUAAAUGGAGUAAAUGCAGAAGCUCAAGAUGAUUGUGGGUGCACACCGUCACACUUAGCUGCAGCCCAUGGGAGGUCUUACACCUUGCAAACCAUACUGCGAAGUGGAGCGAAUGUGAAUGCUUCGGACAGGAAUGACUGGAAGCCUGUUCAUUAUGCUGCUUUUCAUGGUCGUUUGGGGUGUUUGCAGCUUCUUGUUAGAUGGGGAGCAUGUAUAGAUGAUGUGGAUAACAAAGGAAACCUUCCAGCUCAUCUGGCAGCGGCAGAAGGACACUUGCAUUGCUUUAUGUUCUUGGUCAGUAAAAUGGCCAGUGUCAUGCACACGCUGAAAGCCAGGAAUGACCAAGGAGAGACUCCAAGGGACUUGGCUGAACGGUUCUAUAAAGAUAAUAUUCUCCAAUAUAUUGAUAGUGUGGAAGAAGAGGGGGAGCAUCCAGAGAAACAGGAAGUUUUAGCUUUCCCAGCUCAUGUCGCUGCUUUCAAUGGGGACUUGUUAGUGCUUAGAAGAUUAGUGAGAAGAGGAGUAAUCAAUAUUAAUGAGCGGGAUGAUAAGGGAUCCACUCUCAUGCACAAAGCUGCUGAACAGGGGCAUAUCCAUUGCUUACGGUGGUUGAUUGAAAUGGGAGCUGACUGUGACAUUACAAAUGAUGCUGGAGAGACUCCAAAGGAUUUAGCCAAGAGAUUUGCGCAGCUGGAAGCUGUGGAACUUUUGACACAAAGAACUGGAGACAGUAACUCUAGUGAUGAAGAACUAGAUGCAAACAACAUAAAGUUUUUUGAUAGACAUGGUGUGGAAGGGAGUACAGAUAGCAAAGAAGAUUUAACCCUGGACAAAGCAGAUAAAAGGAAUGCACGCAUGAGGGCCUAUUGCAAGAUUCAAGAACUUAAGCAACUUCUAGAAAUUGCCUACAGCAACUACAGACAGCUGGGAGGAAUAACAGAAGAGGAGAAGAAGACAAAAAAAGAAGAAAGAGAUGUUGAGAACUGGAGAUGGACGUGGGUUACAGCCUACCCAAGACCCUAGUGUCUGGCUCUGCGUGGGAAGACGUCUCCAUCUCGUGGUCAGAUUGCGCUGAGCACAGCUGCCCGCGAAGGAGGCAGAACGGCGGUCUGGGCUUGUUACAAAGGGCCUGGAGCCAGGAGCGCACCGCAGCUCACCCCAGCGCAGCUGCUGUGAGGAGUACUGCGCUGCUUUCUGCUGUGACUAACCCGUUCCUUAAAAAAGGCACAGGAUGGCGUGGAGUAGCCAGGGCAGGUUUGGAUGUGCUUCAUGCUCCGCUUGUCUCCUUUGCUUUUGGCAGGGCUGCGAGGGAGCUGAAAGCCCAGCUGGAAUAUGAGCGAGUCAGGCGGGAGAAGCUGGAGAGCCAGCUGGAUGACUACCGUGCUGAGAUAAGUCAUCUCAGAGAGUGCCUGGAGGAAACCCGCAUCCUCCCUGCUGUC